AUGGAUUGGGAACACAGCUGGCGGCCCGCCUCCCCAGGCCUGGAGACCCUCUCCCAAGCACCACCCCCACGCCUCAUCAAGACCCACCUGCCCGUGGAGCUGCUGCCGCCCUCCUUCUGGCGCCAGGGCUGCAAGGUGCUGUACGUGUCCCGGGACCCACGGGAUGUGGCCGUCUCCUACUACCACUUCUACCGCAUGGCUCCUGUCCACCCCCACCCUGGGCCUUGGCCCCACUUCCUGGAGGAAUUUCUGAAUGGGAAAGUGUCCUAUGGGUCAUGGUUCACGCAUGUGAAGGGCUGGUGGGCAAAGGCAGCGACUCACCCCGUGCUCUGCCUGCGCUACGAGGACAUGAAGGAGGCACCAAGUCAGCAGCUGAACCGGGUGCUGACCUUCCUGGGCCGGACCCUGCCCUCCGGAGGUGCCACCGCCAUCCUGGCUGCCACCUCCUUCACCACCAUGAGGGCCAACCCCAAGGUCAACUACACGGCCCUGCCCCGCACCGUCAUGGACCAUGCUGUGUCGCCCUUCCUACGCAAGGGUGAGGUCGGCGAUUGGAUGAACCUCUUCACUGUGGCCCAGGCUGAGGCCUUCGAUGCCCGGUACCAGGAGCUCAUGGCCGGUGUGGAGGGGCCGCCCAUCCCCCCAAGCCCCACCCCUGGGGCUGACCCCGUCUCCCACUGAAGGAUUCCCUUUCCCCCAUCCCCCCCCCCUUCAUAAAUCUGCUGUCAGCUCACACCCCUGUAUAGUCUUUGCAGGGGGUUGUGGGAGAGGGGGCCUGGCCGCCUGGGUUCUCCAGAAGCGGACUGAGUGGUGCCAAAAACCCCUUUAAUUGACUAAUGAAUCAGUUAAUUACCUGGCUCGUUACAUGACUGGAGUACAUGACUGUAGUACAGAAAUCCCAGGCCCACCCUUACACAGCCCCACCUCCCUUGCAAGGAUCAGACCCAGCAGGUUGGGAGCAGGGCCACAGAGCCCGGAACGUCGUCAUGGUGAA